UUUUCCUCGAUCUUCACCUCCUCCAAAACCUUUCUGAGGAUCGGAAUUUCCUUUGCGUAGAAUCGGUGUACGAUGGGGAUGACCCGAGACCCGCCAAUCGCCUUCCUAGGCAAAGUGGCGGCACAGACUGUCAUGAACUAAUCUAUUUUACAGCACUUUGAAGGAUGCCUUCAGUUGAAAUAUCGAUGAGUGAUAGUGCUGCACGCAGUUCGUGUUACGUAGACACGCCUGUGCGCGUGUCUAUGACCCCUUCCUCUCCCUGAGAUGCGCCGCGCUGCCUACGCCGAGUCUAUUUGCCGAUAUCUCCGAGACGCCUACCGCGAUGCUCUUUUGGAGUCGGAGUUGGAGGGGCAGGAUGACGCCAGUCAUACAUUUUCCUCACAAGACAGCGAGUCUGUAGGCGCCGCUUUGGGCCCCUUACCCACUGAGAUUCUAGAGGAAAUCCUGCGACAUCUUGACUUCUGGACUCUGGCACGGUGCCUCCGUGUAUCAAAACACUGGAAUGCGAUCAUCUCACGAUCUCCGCAGCUGCAGCAGUCGCUGUUCCUCAGUGCGAACGCUGACGAAGUUGACGACGGCCCAACGCUGGUCUUCAAACUCGUCAUAGACACACGGAGAGUCGAAGGGGCCCAGCGCCAACACCGGCCAAUAUUCUGGAUCGAUAUUGGCAAGGUCUACGAUAAUCCACCUAAGCUCCAACGACCGAAGCUGACAGUGGAUGGUGUCGUGUUCAAUCCGAUUUUACAAAACAUGUUCCGUUCUGCGCAAAUUCUGGAGUCAUCGAGCCCACCUACGACGCCCGAGGCUGAACAUGUCAAGCGCAAAGAUCCUGCAACACUCUGCCGUACUGCACGGGGUCUGCCCGGGGCUAUAUGGAGGAGGAUGCUGAUAUCUCAGCCACCUGCGCAUACCAUCACUAUGGAGUGCGAUUUCACCUUCGAUCCAUCCUAUCGCUGCAAGGUUUGGACUCCAUAUACCGUCGAAGGAGGAAUUACAAUGGAAGACUUCUUCUCGCUUGUGCAGACGCGUAUCGAGUUGAGUUUCCACGACUAUCGAAGGGAUCAAGCCCAUCGACUGGGAGAUUAUGGUUAAUUGCAGUAAAAGGUCAACUGGACUUGUCGAGAAACAUCUCAAGUCUUGGUCGGAUCACAUAAUCUCACGUCCAUAUUCCGAUGGACGGGGCUUGGCCACUCAGGUGGGGUUACAAGUGACGUGCGCCGCGCGUUCACUAUAGGGUUUUGGACGCAUCCAUGGUUCUGUACGCCAAGCCAUGUCUACAGAUUUGUCCAUAUAUAUACUCAAGAAGGUGUAAGAUUACGACGAAGAAUGCAUUGCGAAUAAGGUAAUCACUUCGCUAGUUUCUUGAUUACCAGGUGCCUUCGCAUGAAAUGGACCGUAUUACAACACUGCGACGAUGUACAGAGAAGGUUACAUUCUUGAGGUAGUUCGGCUCGGACGUGCUGUGAAGACCAACGACCCCGGCUCCAUGUGCUCGACUGGUAUGGGCUCAACCAGACUUUGUCUGUUCAAGAACAGGGCAUUAUUAUGUUCAAGUA